AAAUUAUCUUGAAAGCUGUGCAUUAGGUUUCAGUGGAAUCCAAAUGGAGCCUAAGCUGUUAAGAAAUGAUUUGCUAAGGCAGUUAUCUGUUUUCUAUGUCUACUGCAGUUCUCAGUUUGCUCUCCAAUCAUAUUUGUAAAUUAUUUUCCAAGAUGUUGUUGGUCGACCUGCUUCCUGGCUCUUUGCAUAUGAGAAAGUGAGAGUCUUCUAUGCAGCGAGACUCUUUCUUGGUCUUCUAUCUGUGAUUUCAGAUGCCACUUUAGUGAUAGCAGUUUCCAGAAUGUAUGGAAAACAUCUUGCUUUUUAUGCACUUGCAAUGCUUUGCUUGGCUAGUGGUUGUUUCUUUGCCAGCACAAGUUUUAUGCCUAGUUUAUUUUCUAUGUAUUCCAUGAGCCUCUCAUCAGGGCUAUUUCUUCUUGAUAAACCGGCACAGGCCGUAGCAGUUGCAGCUGUGGGAGUAAUCCUAGGUUGGCCAUUUUCAAUUUUGGCAUUUCUUCCAGUCACGUUAUUUUCUUUAUCUAAACAAUUCAAACAAGCAUUUCUUUAUGGAACGGUCACCUCAAUUGCUCUUCUUGCACUCCCCAUACUUGUUGAUUAUUACUACUAUCAGCGAUGGACAUCAUCUGUUUUUAAUCUCCUAAUGUAUAAUGUCUUGGGAGGUGGUGAGAAUCAUUUGUAUGGGACGCCACUUUUUUAUCUAAGGAACGGGUUUAACAAUUUCAACUUCUGUUUCAUCUUUGCUCUGCUUUUCCUUGCUAUUCUGCCAAUUGUAAGGAAAAAGUAUGCCCCAGACCUGCUUAUCGUGGUCUCUCCACUUUAUAUUUGGUUGACAUUAAUGUCUCUGCAGUUGCACAAAGAAGAAAGUGCAGAUUCCAUUAUCCAGUGUUCCCUCUUGUUUGUCUUGCUGCUUCAGCAAUCAUCGAGAGCUUACCUGAUAUUGUCCGAGACAAAUAGUCCCUAUGAUAAAUCUACUAUAGUUGUGAUAGCUAAAGUUCUAAGACCAGGGGCUCUCUGCCUCAUAUUAUGUGCCUCGCAUGCACGUACGUUUUCAUUGAUCAAUGGUUAUGCUGCUUCUUUCAAGGUUUACAAGAUCUUGGAUCACUAUGAUGAUGCAGGAACUGGUUCUGUACUUUGUGUUGGAAGCGAGUGGCACCGGUUCCCAUCAUCGUUUUUUGUUCCGGAUUACGUCGGUGAGGUGAGAUGGAUUAAUGACGGAUUCCAGGGUCUUCUUCCUUUCCCUUUCAAUGCAACGCCGGGUGGGACUUCAGCAGCACCGCCAUACUUCAACAAUAAAAACAAGGCAUCAUAUGAACAAUACCUUGAGGAUCUUCAAGCUUGUUCAUUCCUGGUCGAGCUUCAACUUGACCGGCCUUACCAUCAUCGUGGAAAUGACCUAUCGACAUGGGAGGCUGUUGCAGCAUUGCCUUACUUGGACAGGGAACUAUCACCCGCCAAGUAUCGGUCAUUUUUCAUCCCAUACUUGUGGGAGCACAAGAAUGUAUUUGGCCUGUACAAACUUCUGAAAAGAAUAUCCAAACCCAAAUGAUAAAUCGCGUGUUACUUACUAAAACACUUCAUACUUCUUAAA